UGCACAUGUUCUGAGACUCUGUAACAGAUGUAGCACGUGUACCAACACCUGACUAAUCCAGAUGUCUUCCGCAGUGCCACCAUUUCUUACCCCCUCCUUGCCCUAACUUAUGAAACUGCCUAUUUAUCAGGAGCCAUUUUGGCUCAAAAUCUCAUUACCGUAUGGACAUUCAGUGCCAGAGGAGCCAGUAUGGGCUUCUCGUGUCCUUAAAGCCAUCCAUCUUUCACAUCUCUGCAGUGUAAGUCGCCCUGGCAACCUCAUCACUCAGUUUCUAUUGGCCAUCUCAUCAGCCAAUAGAAAGACUUUCUGAUUAUGUCAUAUAAAAACAACGUCGUAGUGGCGCCUCUCAGUGUUUUGACAGUGUCUGGUGACAGUGCCACUGUCAUAAUCGUAGUCAGUCCUGUCAGAAAUCGAUAUUUCUGAGGAUUUAGUUAUAUGUCAAUUAUUAUUUGCGUGUUUAGGAGAUUCAAACUAUAUUGGUUUGUCAGAAUUGAAAAACAAACACGCAGUGACGUCUGGAAGAAAGUUUCUCAAGUUCAACUGAAGGCGCUAUAACAGCCGUACCUUAUUCAAAAUGUGCUCUAUCAAAAACUGUUUUAUAAAAUCUGGUUUACCCUGAAUGAACUCAACGACUCUGCGGCAGAUCAGAAGGGUGAGAAGGAGUGAAGUUGGUUUUACCGCUGCGUCGGUCAUUUGAAGUCUUUCAUUCUGCAGCUGCCGCGCGCGCGCCUUUCCGCCGCUCCGCCGAUUUCUGUUUGCGCAGAGCUAUGUAAAUGAAACGACAGUGGGACAACAUGACUAUCCCGAAAGACAUCCCAGAGAAGUGGUUUCCAGUCAUUCUCCCUCUGAAAAGGAAGAAAGAGGGAUUAACCAGCUCGACAAAAAUAAGAAAAGGAGCAGAGGAGGAAAGGAGAGUCCGAGCCAAUGAUAGAGAGUACAAUGAAAAAUUCCAGUACGCUAGCAACUGCAUCAUGACCUCAAAGUACAACAUUAUUACCUUCUUACCAGUCAACCUGUUUGAGCAGUUCCAAGAAGUUGCCAAUACCUACUUCCUGUUUCUCCUCAUACUGCAGUUGAUUCCACAGAUUUCCUCAUUGUCCUGGUUCACCACCAUUGUGCCUUUAGUGCUGGUGCUGAGCAUCACUGCAGUUAAAGAUGCCACCGAUGACUAUUUUCGUCACAAGAGUGACAACCAGGUGAAUAACCGUCAAUCUCAGGUCCUCAUCGGUGGCAUUCUUCAGAAGGAGAAAUGGAUGAAUGUCAGAGUGGGUGACAUCAUCAAACUGGAGAACAAUCAGUUUGUUGCAGCUGACCUGCUCCUGUUGUCCAGCAGUGAACCUCAUGGCCUCUGUUACAUUGAAACUGCAGAGCUGGAUGGAGAGACGAACAUGAAGGUGCGUCAGUCUCUGUCUGUUACCUCAGAGCUGGGAGAUCCCAAUAAUCUGGCCCAGUUUGAUGGAGAAGUGGUGUGUGAGCCUCCCAACAACAAGCUGGACCGUUUCUGCGGGACGCUGUACUGGAGAGAGUGUAAAUACCCGCUCAGUAACCAGAACAUGCUGCUCCGUGGCUGUGUGCUGCGCAACACUGAGAGCUGCUACGGCCUUGUCAUAUUCGCUGGUCCUGACACCAAACUAAUGCAAAACAGCGGACGGACAAAGUUCAAGCGAACAAGUAUAGACAGACUGAUGAAUACACUGGUGUUGUGGAUUUUUGGGUUCCUGGUUUGUAUGGGAGUGAUCUUGGCCAUAGGAAAUGCAGUUUGGGAGAAGGAAGUUGGUGCUUUGUUCCAAAGUUUUUUACCCUGGGAUCCUCCAGUGGACAACUUCCUGUUCUCCGCAUUCCUGUCUUUCUGGUCCUACGUCAUCAUCCUCAACACAGUGGUGCCAAUUUCGCUCUAUGUCAGUGUGGAGGUGAUUCGUCUGGGUCACAGUUACUUCAUUAAUUGGGACCGGCGGAUGUUCUGCAGUCGCAGUAACACGGCAGCAGAGGCCCGGACCACCACACUGAAUGAAGAGCUGGGACAGGUGGAGUACAUCUUCAGUGACAAGACAGGAACACUCACCCAAAACAUCAUGACCUUCAACAAGUGCUCCAUCAACGGCCACGCAUACGGUAAGAAACACAACGUACAAGCAGUUAUACUUUGUUCAGAUGGUCAUUAUCACAAAAUCACUAGGCUUGUGUCUUUUUGAAAGUGUUUGCUUAGUGAACGACAUCCGACAUUUGCAUCCUGGAUAAAAAAAAUUAAAUAAAAAAAAACUUUUUUCCCCUUUUUUCUAUUUGAUUUGUAAAAAGCUGAAU